CAGAGAGAGUAAUUUUGUUGAUAUCCUGCUUGGACCCAUUUCUGGGACUGAGGCUAAAUUUGUACACAUAUUUGGCCCUUUUUAAAGGGUUUUACUACUAUAAGCGUAGCCAGUAAGAAAGUACUCUAUCUAUAUGACGGGCUGAUGGAAGAUACAAGGGACUUGGUGAGUUAAUUUGCAAAGAAUAAGGCCCAGCGCACCCCGCGUUCCGAGCGUAAGCGCCGAGACUCGUUCGGGAUGUUUGACGGGUAUGACAGCUGCAGCGAGGAGUCCACCAGCAGCUCAAGCUCCGACGACAGCGAGGACGAGGUUCCCCCCAUCCCCCCCAGCCUGCCCAUCAUCAAGAACAAUGGGCAGGUGUACACCUACCCCGACGGCAAGGCCGGAAUGGCCACGUGUGAGAUGUGUGGGAUGGUGGGAGUGCGAGAUGCGUUCUACUCCAAGACCAAGCGCUUCUGCAGCGUGUCCUGUUCCAGAAGCUACUCCUCCAAUUCGAAAAAAGCCAGCAUCCUGGCCCGACUCCAGGGUAAACCGCCUACGAAAAAGGCCAAGGUAUUACAGAAACAGCCUCUCAUGGCUAAGUUAGCGGCGUACGCCCAGUACCAAGCCAGCCAACAGAACCUCGCCAAAUCGAAAGCAGUGAUCCCUGUGGAGAGUUUUGACUGGGGCCGAUACAUCUGUAGCAAUAACCUUGUAGGAGCGCCUGUCAGCUGCUUCAAACAUGUUCCCAUGGGAACGUGCUGGGGGGAUAUCUCAGAGGGGGUUCGUGUGGAGGUCAUUAACUCGGACACUGCCCUCUCCACCAAAGUCUACUGGAUAGCAGGGAUCGUCAAAAUUGCAGGCUUCCAGGCCCUGCUGAGGUACGAGGGCUUCGACAGCGACAGCAGCAAGGACUUCUGGUACAACUUGUGUGUUCCAGAGGUCCACCCGGUGGGCUGGUGCGCCUCCAGCGGCAAGCCCCUUGUCCCACCAAAAACCAUACAGCAUAAGUACUCUAACUGGAAAGCUUUCCUCGUGAAACGACUCACCGGAGCCAAAACACUCCCACCAGACUUUGCCACAAAGGUGCACGAGAACCUGCAGUACCCCUUCAAGAAGCUGAUGCGCGUGGAGGUGGUGGAUAAGACCCACCUGUGCCGGACGCGGGUGGCCCUGGUGGAGCAGGUGACCGGGGGACGACUGAGGCUGGUGUACGAGGAGAGCCAGGACGGAACGGAUGACUUCUGGUGCCACAUGCACAGCCCUCUUAUCCACUGCAUCGGCUGGUCGCGCAGCAUCGGGCAUCGCUUCAAACGAUCCGACGUGUCCAAGAAAGUGGAGGGCCAGAUGGACGCGUCUCCUCAGCUAUUCCAGAAGGUGAAGGACGUGGACCAGAGCGGAGAAUGGUUCAAGGACGGCAUGAAGCUGGAGGCCAUUGACCCUCUCAACCUGUCGGCCAUCUGUGUGGCGACCGUACGCAAGGUGCUGGCUGACGGGUACCUCAUGAUAGGGAUCGAUGGCUCGGAGGCAGCCGACGGCUCCGACUGGUUCUGCUACCACUCCUGCUCCCCUUCCAUCUUCCCCGUUGGCUUCUGUGAAAUCAACAGCAUCGAGCUCACGCCCCCCAGAGGGUACACUAAACUGCCAUUAAAUUGGUUCGACUACCUCAGAGACACGGGUUCAAUAGCAGCUCCUGUGAAGCUCUUUAACCAGGACGUUCCUAACCACGGCUUCCAGCAGGGUAUGAAGCUGGAGGCCGUCGACCUGAUGGAGCCCCGGCUGGUGUGCGUCGCCACGGUGACGCGCAUCGUCCACCGCCUGCUGCGGAUCCACUUUGACGGCUGGGAGGACGAGUACGACCAGUGGGUGGAUUGCAGGUCACCUGACCUCUACCCUGUGGGCUGGUGUCAGCUGACCGGGUACCAGCUGCAGCCCCCCGCGGCACAGAGUGCCCGGGAGAUCCCGCCUCCUCUGCCAAAGCAGAAGAAGAAGGCCCAGCAGUACAAAGGACAAAAGAAAAAGAGGAAGAUUCCAGUUGGUCGACGGCCCUUCAGUCAAGCAGGCAGGAGGAGGAGCUUCUCAGGGGACGAGGAGCAGAGCCCGCCCCCUUACUGUGCCCCGGGCCCCACACGCCCCCGACCCCGUACCCACCUCCACACCCACAAACCAGAUUCUCUGCUACGUCUGAAAGAGGAGUCGGCCGAGGUGGACGAGUUCACCUUCUCCCAGGGCAUCUCAGACCAGGAGAGUAACGGCUCUGGCAGCUACCACAUCAAGCAGGAGCCCUGAACCAGCCUGGGUGGGGGGGGGGGGGGCUCAGCUAGUACCCAAACCUGACCCCCCCCCCCCUCCAUCCCCAGCAUCAGCCCCUGGUUCUUCCCCCCCCUCCAUCCACACAGCCCCUGGUUCAUCCCCCCUCCAUUCAGCCUCAGCCCCUGGUUCUGGGGGCCCAGAGACCUGUACAAACUGUGAGAGACUUUUCUGAGCCAGGAUCUCAGUUUCAGUUGGUUCCACUUACUAUUUUAUUUUGUUUUUGGAACGUUUCAUGCCAGGUGGACUUGCUUUGUUAAUAGUACUUGAACUUCUCAGAGUUGACUUCUUUGUAAUAUUGUAUUUUUUUUUCGUAGAUUUUUCUUUCUUUUUUAAAAUAUGAAAGUGACUUGUUUAUGUCUUAAACGCUGAUUAUUUCUUAUCAAUAGCCCCGCUGUGGCCGGAUAGGGGUGUGGGUGGUGUUCUUGUUUGAUUGUGUUGUUAAAUAUGAACAUUCAUAUAGUAUGUGACCUAAAUAUAUAAACUCUAUAUAGAUAUUUAGGAUUGUAAGUUGAAGACAGUGGCUGUUGAAUAGUAUAUUGUAUAAAUCACAAACCUUACUUGGGACCCUAUAGUAUACACUCAGACUAGAUAAACCUGUCUGCAUAUUGUAACUUAGUCUGCCUCUUGGGGAAGAAGCGAAGCGCGGGUAUAUGAGUGGAUUGUUUGGGUCGAGAGUAGAUUAACACUGUCACAGACUGCACUACAGCAAUGGCGGUCCAGUUCCCCUCUUAGACAAACCUUCAACUGCUCGUCAGUGGUGGGCAAACAACGAACAUAGACGUAGACAUCACAUUGAGAUAUGCAAAUAUUUGAUUUAACUUAUUUCGUUGACAUUUGCUUGGGGGGGGGGGGGGGGUAGUUUUUGUUUUUGUUUGGGUGGUUCCAGAGCCGUAUUGAUUCAAAAUUGGUUGAAGUGUUCAACUGAGCCGCGGAGUAACAAGCGUGUGUCGGUACCGCCCAGCUGUCUCUGCCACCUGGGGUCAGUCACGGCAGCGCAAGCACGGCACACUGGCUGUCAGAUUUAAAACCCACCUACGUCCUAAUCUCGUUCCCAAUGACCAAUUUAUUUUUAAUUAAUUUAAAUGUUUGGGGGGCUUCUGCCGGUCUGAAAUGAUGCAGGUUUUGACCUGAGACUCGCGAGAGUUCUUGUUUUCUAGACAACCCCAAUGUUCCUUAUGAUGAUAACAAUUUGUAUUUGUUCAAUUUUGUUUGUUGUUGUUCUCCACUGAUCUCUGCUCUACCUCCUGAUACGUUGUGGAGAAUUCAGACUACCGCGUAAACCAUGUAGAUGACUCGGAGGCCGCUCCCUGUUCCUCGUGAGGAGUCGACACCAAACGCAACAGUGUACCUAACACAGCACAACCGAGGUAGUCCUCUCGAUUUGAAUUAUUAUGCAAUAGUAGUAGUGUGUUCUGUAUUUGCCGUUAACAGACCCUUGAGUUUAUACGUUUAAAGCCUACAAUAUGAUGGAUGCACAAAGUACUAUAGCCUAAUCUAUAAUUAAUUUAUCUCAGUACUGUGGCGUAACUGUGGUGAUGGUGUGAUUGAUGGUCUUUAAUGAUGAUAGCUUAACCUAAAGUUGACCCUCUGUAUAAGAACUAUAUUAUAUAGAUUGCAGCAGAAAUAGACAAACUCAGUGACGGUCAUUGACCCAGAUCUGUUUAUACCAGGAUGGUCCACCAUAAAAUUCUCAGGAAGUAUUUGCAUUUUCUAAGACUUUUAACCGACGGGUUUGUUAAGAGCGUUUCAAAGAGUUGAAUCCGAAAAAUAAUUGCUCAGUGACGUUACACAAAAUCACUCAAACCAUGCGUAUCCUUUUUUCGAGAAAGUAUAAGGUCUUACCUGUCAAUGUUAGUCUUUUUUUUUUAUAAUAUUUUUUUCACAUCACCGCUUGUGUUAAUGUGUCUCACGCUCUUUCUUGCUCUUUAAACUUUAUAAGGUGUAAAGGCUUUGCUUUCUAACGUUACAGACAACAUGGUAGACCUCUUCAUCUCGCCUACCCCCUGUCAUCCCAUGAUUGUGUGCAUUUUUAUACUUCUGUGACGAAGUGUUCAACGUGUUGUGUAUUGGUUUUCCUCAUCGAUGUGCAAUUACACACCAUUUCUCCUUUUCUAUAGGAGGGAUUGUUAAGCUAGUUGUACGUCACAUCGAGCAAUAAAACUAAACGUCUCACAAUCUUUCGUAAGGGGAAAAGGUUUACAGUUUAAAAUGACGAGAUUGUGCACGGCGCUUACUAAACACCAAGGCAUUAAUAAGGCAUUUUACGGUCGUCUCAAUCAGUUCACUGACCAACCUACGUAAUAUCUUUGUAAACAUUUCAGUGGUGGGGAAAAAGACAACUGUUUUUAUAGACUAACUUUGCUGCUAUCUUCUCGUAACCCAAAUGGAUCCUAAUGCACAAUCAGCUCUUCAAUUUAUUUUUCUUUCGUUUGACUGAUGCUUCCCUCCUCUCUCAGUCAACAUUCUUUCGUCUUGAAGCCCAACUUCAUAAUCAAUACCUCGCCCCUUCAGAUUGUGUUUGGUGUCCAGUGUGGUGUUUAUAUUGGGUGGCGUGAUGGGUGUUGGGGUUUGGUUGCACCGUUUUAGUUCAAUAAACGACAGGGCGUGUAGAGUAGUGGGUGAUGCUGUGCUUAACUAGUUUUGCUGUAAUGGUCUUAGAUCGUGCUACUUGCAGACUCUCGUCAGCCACCUGCACUGGUCUGGUCGAUCGGCGAACGGUGUGAUGGGUCUAAACAACAUGGUGUGACAGGAGCUGACACAUGACCUAUUCUGAAGUGUUGCUUAGACCUAGGCAGAUGUUGCAGGUACUUGUAGAGUUGGGCUUUUGGAUUUUCCUUUGAAUACUAACACGGGUCUUUUGUAUGUUAUUUACCCCAUUAUAUUCCAACAUAAUAUCGUGGUGCUAUAUAUAUAUAUAUUUGAUAAAAAUUACUUAUUGUAUUGGGACUGUCAAACUGCAAAUGUGAAUUGAGGGUUAAGUUAUGUUUCAAAUUUUAUUUUGGAUACAAAUAACACAAUUGUUGAAAAAAAGCCCUACGUAUGAAAAUGAAUCCCAACCCUUGAGGUACAUUAUGAACUUACUGAUAAAAAGAUCUUUUGAUAGUAUCUGUUUCCUUUAUGGUAAUUUUGUGCUGUGAUUAAGGUUUGAUACUUUUCCCCACCCCUUGAAUUUGUAAAUAAAUCAAAUGUUUGGGACAAUGUUGGUUAAAUUGAUACAUUUUUGUUUACAAGCAUUGCAAAACCAUUUCUGCAUGGCUGUCAAACAAUGUUAAUGAUUUUUGUAAGAACCAACUUUUUACACUGAAUAAAAUAUUGUAUGAACUGGUA